UCUGCCAGAUGUUUGCGUUUACAAUGUUUCGAUUUCUGCAGAAGUUUGCUAUUUAAUAUCAUGUGGAAAUAUUGAUGUAAAUUAUUUAGAUGCUUGUGAACAAGCAUAGAAACUUUUUGAUAAACAAAGAUUAAUAUAUAUAUAUUUUGAGUUUUCCUAAACAAUUUGAAAUUGUUUUGACUUUCAAUAUGUCCGAUCCAACUUUGGUUAUUGGAGUUGCUAUCCUUGUUGUCGCCGUUAUUUUAGCAGUUGUUACUUACUUAAGUAAAAAACGACCGUCUCCGGUUAUAAAUGAAGCAGCUCAAAGGCCAAGACCUAUACCAGUCUUACGAGGUGCUGGUGUGGAAGGUCCAAGAAGAGCAGGCAGAAAUAUUAGAGCAAGAAUGCGUGCUGCUGCUUCCAGAAAUGUAGAUGAAGAAGAAGAGGAGGAAGAAGAAGACUUUUUAGCUGAUGAUAUAUCAGUUCCUGAAGGUAAAAUUGGAGCAAAGAAAAGGAAAAAGCUUGAAUUGAAAGCUGAGAAACGUAGAGAUAGAGAAAGAGAACUGGAAGAAAGGGAAGAGAGAAAGCAACGUCAAAAAGAAAUAGAAGAGCGUAAGAGAAAAGAAGAACUGAAGCAACAAGAAGAAGAGAAAAAGAAAGAAGAAGAAGAAAAGGCUUUAAAAGAAGAGCAAGAAAGAAAAGAAUAUGAAGAAUACCUAAAAUUAAAGGAAAGUUUUGCUAUUGAAGAAGAAGGCUUUGAUCAAGAAGAGAAUGCAGAUGAAGGAAACAAAUUUCAAGAAUUCAUUGAUUAUAUAAAAAGCCAAAAAGUUGUGUUGAUGGAAGAUUUGGCUUCUAGAUUUAAACUUAAAACACAGGAAGCUAUUGAUAGAGUCCAAGAACUUCUAGCUCAAGAAUGGCUGGUUGGAGUUAUUGAUGAUCGUGGAAAAUUUAUUUAUAUAACCAAAGAAGAAUUAGAAGCUGUUGCUCAUUUUAUCAGACAAAGAGGCAGAGUGUCUAUAGCUGAACUUGUUGAAUGUAGCAAUUCUCUAAUUAAUCUUACGCCAGAUUCUCCUGAAACUGUACAAGUCUCUUCAUGAGACAAUGUAAAUUAUAAUUGUUUGCUUUUUAAUUAAGAAAUGUUUUAUAUAGUUUUUUUGUGUACUAUCAAUAUAUAGUAAAAUGUUGUCAAAUCUUCAUUUUCAUUUUGUAUCAAAUUCUUACAUUUUUUUUAACUUAUAAAAAGCAACAUUUUUUUGUAUAGAUCAUUGAAUUUAAACAUUUUAUUUCUAAUUAAAUUAAUAGUUAUUUAUUUGUGUUAAUAAAAUUAUAAGAUUUAUCUUCACUGCAACACUGUAUAUUUGUUUAUACAAAAGAUUUUUGAUGUUACUUUAAAAUUAGUUUUACUUGGUAAUGUCUUACAUUCCAUUUUUUUUUUUUUUUCAAUAUGUAAUGAGAAAAGUUACUCUAUAAAUGAAGUAUGGGUGAUCUGAUGAUCUUUUUUAUCACUUACAUGCUCAGGAUCUUUUAGAUCUGUGCAUAAUAUAAGAUUAACGAAUCCAUUAUAUGAAAAGAAAUAUUUUUCUGCUAAAGAAUUUUUUUCGUAGGGCAAAAAACUCUAAACAAUGUUAAAUAAAACUUUGAAUUUAAAAAUUAUAAUUUAGUUGUUUAAACCUUUUAUUACUCUUUAUUUCUACAAUAGAUUUAAUAACUUGGAAAAUUUUUGUGAUUAUUUAACAUUUUUAUCCACCUGCCAUACAAAAUAUAUAUAUAUACCAGAUAAAAGUAUCAUAUUUCUAUGAAAUGAUUAGUUAGAUUUUAAAAAAGUUUUGACAUAUUUUUAAAUUUUAAUCAAUUUUUUUAUUUUUUACUCAUAUUUUUGGGAGUCUGCAAAAAAUGAUGUCAUUAAUAUCUUCCAUUUGUUGCAUAGAACUAAUUUUGUAAAAACUAAUCUUUAAUAUGACCAAGGAUCAGUACAUUAUGAGUUUUUUUAAUGCCAUGACAUUUGUAUAACAGUUGAUAGAAAGUUUUUACUUGUCGUCCUCUGCAAAGAAGAAUGGAGCACCAUAAAAGAAAGUUAUUUAUUAAUAAUAUACCUAUGACAUGAAGGAAAUUUUUUGUAAUUGUUGGUUGUUGUGUUAGCAAUGUGAUUGUGUGAUUAGCAAGUGAAUCUUGUGAUAAUAAAAUGUGUCUCAAGUUCAA